ACUGACAACUUUUACGCACGCUGUUUUACACACGCCUCAAGAUGAGAGCGCACUUGCAGAGAGCUCCUCAGAUUCUGGAGCUGCUGAAGAAGAAGACUGCGGGGCUCCAGCACUGUAAACCCACAUCCUCCGUGUGCGUGCUCGACUCGAAGGAUGCUGCUGGGAGCGCGCCCUGUGCGCACAGUCUCGACUCCAUCCCUGGACCAACCAACUGGCCGCUGUUCGGCAGCCUCAUCGAGGUGAUCCGGAAUGGGGGAUUGAAAAGGCAACACGAGACGCUGAUCCAUUUUCAUAAGAAGUUUGGGAAGAUCUUCCGGAUGAAGCUGGGCUCUUUUGAGUCGGUUCACAUUGGUUCUCCAUGUUUACUGGAGGCUCUGUACCGGAAAGAGGGCAGCUAUCCUGAGAGACUGGAGAUCAAACCAUGGAAAGCCUACAGAGACAUGCGGGACGAGGCUUACGGGCUGCUCAUACUGGAAGGGAGAGACUGGCAGCGGGUGCGCAGCGCUUUCCAGCAGAAGCUCAUGAAACCCACUGAAGUCAUGAAGCUGGACGGCAAAAUCAAUGAAGUUGCAGCUGAUUUGAUCAAAAGGAUUGGAAAAGUCAACGGCAAAAUGGAUGAUUUGUAUUUUGAGCUGAACAAGUGGUCCUUUGAAACCAUUUGCUAUGUGAUCUAUGACAAGCGUUUCGGGCUUCUGCAAGACAGUGUCAGCAAGGAGGGCAUGGAUUUCAUCACCGCAGUGAAAACGAUGAUGAGCACUUUUGGGACGAUGAUGGUGACGCCUGUUGAGCUCCACAAAACUCUGAAUACCAAGACGUGGAAGGACCACACGGAGGCCUGGGACCGUAUUUUUAGCACAGCAAAACAUUACAUCGACAAGAACCUGCAGAAGCAGUCAAACGGCGAGGCGGACGACUUUCUGUCGGACAUCUUCCAUAACGGCAACCUCACCAAGAAAGAGCUUUACGCUGCCACAACAGAGCUGCAGGUCGGAGGAGUGGAGACGACGGCUAAUAGCAUGCUGUGGGUCAUUUUCAACCUGUCACGUAACCCCUGCGCCCAAGGCAAACUCCUGAAGGAGAUCCAGGACGUGGUGCCUGCUGGCCAAACUCCACGCGCAGAACACAUCAAGAACAUGCCCUACCUCAAAGCCUGCCUGAAGGAGUCCAUGAGAGUUUCACCGUCCGUGCCGUUCACCAGCCGGACCCUGGACAAAGAUACCGUGCUGGGCGAUUACACCCUGCCUAAAGGAACCGUCCUAAUGCUCAACAGUCAGGCUAUCGGUGUAAGCGAGGAGUAUUUUGACAAUGGGAGGCAGUUCAGACCCGAGCGCUGGCUGGAAGAGAAAAGCUCCAUCAACCCUUUUGCUCAUGAGCCGUUUGGCGUUGGGAAGCGGAUGUGCAUCGGCCGGCGUCUCGCUGAGUUACAGAUCCAGCUGGGUCUCUGCUGGAUUCUGCGUGACUAUAAGAUUGUGGCAACAGACCUGGAGCCGGUGGACUCACUGCAUUCAGGAACGCUGGUGCCCAGUCGAGAGCUUCCAGUGGCUUUUGUUCCACGAUGAGAAACCAUGUACCAACCUGAACGGAUGACUCCAUAUAUCAAUGGAUCAGACACACGACGAGGCCUUUAUAAUGCUGCUAUAACCUAACCGAAUGUAUCCGUCUCCCUUCAGAUAUACCUCAUACUAUUAUUAUAGUUUUAUAAUAUUUGUAGUAAAUAUGAUUCUUCUAUUUAUUUCCUUUAUGCAAAUGACAGAGUUAAGAUAAAUAUUUAAGGUGUUCUUGUAAUUGCUGCUACCUAUUAUUUUACUACAGUGCAUAUAUAUAUUUUACUAAAAUUGUUCUGUAGAGUUGCUAAAUUUUUUUAUGCAAUACUAUUUAGUACUGAAAUCGUUCCAUGUACAGUAUUAUGUAAAAUUCUUUCUCUUUCUCUCUUUAUUUUGUAAUACGAAAAGUGUUUAGAAAUGUACAUAGAUGUCAUAUGAAAUAUUAUUGUAACUUUCUAUUUAUAUACUUAGUUAUAAAUAUAUGUGUCUGAAUGAGUGAGUGGUGGAAAUGUAGAGAAUGUAGAAAAUCACUGGAUGUUGUUCACCUUUCAUUCUUAAUAAAAAGUGAAAAUGU